AAGAUUUCCCCUGAAGUUGCAAACCUUCUGUCGACCCCAGAGCCCCUCAGCAGUGCACGAGACUGAUCCUGCCAAUGCAGUUGUUGUAUAGGUGGGGAGACUGAUUCCCGGUGCUUCCUACUCCAUCUUUCCAGAAUCUUCUCCCACCCUUCCUUUUUGGCCAGUGAAGAUGAGUCUGGAAGGUCCACCUGAGUCCUUGGGCUCACGGCCCCCAGGUUGGAGCUUUUUCUCCCUGGGCUUCUUGGACUCUGACCCUGACUCUGUUGGCGCCAUGUGUGCGCCACGGGUGUGUCUGCCGGGUGUGGGUGUGGGAGAUGAGGCAGUUGUGCCCGGGUGGGGCCUUUUGGGGAAGGCAGUGUUGCUAGUGCCGUCUCCCUCCCUGCCCCUCACGCCAGUGUCUGCGCAUCACCGAACGAUGAGAGAGGACUACAGCGACAAAGUGAAGGCCGGCCACUGGAGUCGUAGCCCGCCCCGGCCGCCUCGGGAGCGGUUCGAGCUGGGAGACAGCCGGAAGCCAGUAAAAGAAGAGAAAAUGGAAGAGAGAGACCUGCUGUCCGACUUACAGGACAUCAGCGACAGCGAGAGGAAGACCAGCUCUGCCGAGUCCUCCUCAGCGGAAUCAGGCUCAGGUUCUGAGGAGGAAGAAGAGGAGGAGGAAGAGGAGGAGGAGGAAGGGAGCACCAGUGAAGAAUCCGAGGAGGAGGAGGAAGAAGAAGAGGAGGAGGAGGAGGAGGAGACAGGCAGCAAUUCUGAGGAGGUUUCAGAGCAGUCCGCCGAAGAAGUGAGUGAGGAAGAAAUGAGUGAAGAUGAGGAACGAGAAAAUGAAAACCACCUCUUGGUUGUUCCAGAGUCACGGUUUGACCGAGAUUCCGGGGAAAGUGAAGAAGCAGAGGAAGAAGUGGGCGAGGGGACGCCGCAAAGCAGUGCGCUGACAGAGGGCGACUACGUGCCUGACUCCCCAGCCCUGUCACCCAUCGAGCUCAAGCAGGAGCUGCCCAAGUACCUCCCGGCCCUGCAGGGCUGCCGGAGCGUGGAGGAGUUCCAGUGCCUGAACAGGAUUGAGGAGGGCACCUAUGGAGUGGUCUACAGAGCAAAAGACAAGAAAACAGACGAAAUUGUGGCUCUAAAGCGGCUGAAAAUGGAGAAGGAGAAGGAGGGUUUCCCGAUCACGUCACUGAGGGAGAUCAACACCAUCCUCAAGGCCCAGCACCCCAACAUCGUCACCGUUAGAGAGAUCGUGGUGGGCAGCAACAUGGACAAAAUCUACAUUGUGAUGAACUACGUGGAGCACGACCUCAAGAGCCUGAUGGAGACCAUGAAGCAGCCCUUCCUGCCAGGGGAGGUGAAGACCCUGAUGAUCCAGCUGCUGCGGGGGGUGAAGCACCUGCAUGACAACUGGAUCCUGCACCGCGACCUCAAGACGUCCAACCUGCUGCUCAGCCACGCCGGCAUCCUCAAGGUAGGGGACUUCGGGCUGGCGCGGGAGUACGGAUCCCCACUGAAGGCGUACACCCCAGUGGUGGUGACCCUGUGGUACCGUGCCCCAGAGCUGCUGCUGGGUGCCAAGGAAUACUCCACGGCCGUGGACAUGUGGUCGGUGGGCUGCAUCUUCGGGGAGCUGCUGACGCAGAAGCCACUGUUCCCUGGGAAGUCGGAAAUCGACCAGAUCAACAAAGUGUUCAAGGACCUGGGAACCCCCAGUGAGAAAAUCUGGCCCGGCUACAACGACCUCCCAGCAGUGAAGAAGAUGACCUUCAGCGAGUACCCCUACAACAACCUCCGCAAGCGCUUCGGCGCCCUGCUGUCCGACCAGGGCUUUGACCUCAUGAACAAGUUUCUGACCUACUUCCCCGGGAGGAGGAUCAGCGCCGAGGACGGCCUGAAGCAUGAGUAUUUCCGAGAGACCCCCCUCCCCAUCGACCCCUCCAUGUUCCCCACGUGGCCCGCCAAGAGUGAGCAGCAGCGUGUGAAGCGGGGCACCAGUCCGAGGCCCCCUGAGGGAGGCCUGGGCUACAGCCAGCUGGGCGACGACGACCUGAAGGAGACGGGCUUCCACCUUACCACCACGAACCAGGGGGCCUCAGCCGCGGGCCCUGGCUUCAGCCUCAAGUUCUGAGGGUCAGAGUGGACCCCAAGUCAUGGGGAGAACUCGGCGGGGACCACAGGCACAGCUUCUGCAGCUGGAGUUGUCAUGAGUCUCAGAACUUCAUCUUAUUGUGUGUUCCGUGUUUUAUUUUGGUUUGUAAAUUUGUAGAAUUACAUCAUCUUCCUUGUGCAGGAAAGA